AUUACUUUGAAGCUGGGAAACUAACCCUCUCCCGUCCCUCAGUGACCUGACUGAUUUCACCGCCGUAAAACAAGUCCACGACGACAUCACCAACACCAUGCCACCCAUCGGCGGUGUCGCCAACGGCGCCAUGGUCCUCCGCGACAUUUCGGUCGUACAAAUGAGCUUCGAGGCCCUCAGCACGGUCCUGCGUUCCAAAAUCCAGAGCACCACCAACCUCGACCGGCUCUUCUCGCCCUCGUCCCCCUCCAGCAAGACCCUCGACUGGUUCAUCGGCUUCAGCUCCAUCGUCGGCACGACGGGCAACCCCGGCCAAGCCGCCUACUCGGCCGGCAACGUCUUCAUCAAGACGCUCAUCCGGCGGCGGCGGGCGCGGGGCCUCCCCGGGUCCACCAUCGACAUCUGCCGGGUGCUCGGGGUGGGGUACGUGGAGCGGGAGCAGAGCGCGGCGGGGCGGCUGACGCGCGAGCAGCAGGCGCGGCUGGCGACGCGGUCGGGCUCGCUGGCCAUGAGCGAGGCCGACCUGCACCAGCUGUUCGCCGAGGCCGUCGUCAGCGGCCGGCCCGCGUCGGGCCUCGACCCGGAGCUCAUCUCGGGCAUGGCCCCCAUCACGACCGACCAGGCCAAGGACGCCUUCUGGGCCAUCAACCCCAAGUUUGGCCUCCUCAUCCGCGAGAAGGACGCCGCGGCGGCCGGCCGGGACCGCGCGGGCGGCGGCAAGGGUGGGGGCGUGCCCCUGAGACAGCUGCUUGAGGCGGCCAAGACGAUGGAGGAUGUGUCGGUGAUCUUGACGGGGGCGUUGAAGACCAAGCUGCAGGCGCUCAUGUUUCUGCCCGAGGGAGAUCCCCUUUCUGAGACGACGCCGUUGGUGGACAUGGGUGUGGACAGCCUUGUCGGCGUCGAGAUGCGCUCGUGGUUCCUGCAGGAGUUGGGGGUCGAUGUGCCUGUGAUGAAGAUUCUCGGGGGCGCUUCUAUUUCCGACCUUGCUGAGGGCGUUAUGCAGAACCUUCCGUCCGAGAUCAAAAGCAGAAUUGAAGGUGGGGACGAUACUGCGAAGGAUACUGAGAAGGAUACUGCGAAGGAGCCUGCUGGUGAGCUUGUAACUCAGCCGUCAACCGCAUAACUGGAUAUGGUCGGUGGUUAGCCGGUCAUAGACCACAAUCUACACAACACAUGCGCACUCUUCCUGCGUGAUAAACUUCUUGAAGCCCACGAGUUAGUACUAUUCCGUGGUACGAAUGACCCUAUGCAUUUUCCCAUGACGGAAUACCCGAAC